GGCGUUUUGAAAGCCCUGAGCCGAGGGGCGUCCGGCGGCUGAGAGAGGCGACCAUGGAGGAAGACAGGGCCGGGAAUAUUAGCGAAUUGACGCUCGUUUGCUUAGAUUUGGCAGCGAGAUUGGACGAGGUGGAGGACGUAGGGGAGAGGAAGGCCAUUGUGACUGAGCAUGUUAAGAAUUACGUCGAGGAGAAGAUUCCUAUGGUGGAUUUUGAGGCCGGAUUGGAAUGGUUCAACGUAUCAAGAGCUCUAACCCAUGCGCAGGAUCUCAAAGGCCGCAUCUCUGUACUUGACUUUUUUACUUACUGCUGUAUCAACUGCAUGCACAUCUUGCCCGAUCUCGAGGCCUUAGAAGAACGGUAUCCUCCAGAGCAAGGGGAGGUUCUUGUGGUUGGUGUCCAUUCCGCAAAAUUCGAGAAUGAGCGUGUAUCAGCAAAUAUCUUGGCAGCCAUUGAAAGGUAUCAUAUUCAUCAUCCUGUGGUGAACGAUGCCGAAGCAAAGAUGUGGACGGAGCUUGGCAUUGCUUGCUGGCCAACGCUCCUUAUAUUAGAUCCCAAUGGUCACCCAAUAUUUAUCCUUGUGGGAGAAGGCCACAGAGAGCGUCUCCAGUUGUAUGUGGACUGUAUGGUGGAAUAUUUCUCCAGCAAUGGAAGUUUAUCCAAGUUACCAGUACCUCUGGCUCCAACAGCUCAUUGUGCAGCAACUGGUUCUGUGUUGCUUUACCCAGGAAAAGUUGCAACAUAUCCUGGUGGACUUGUCAUUUCGGAUACUGGACACAACAGGAUUUUGUUGACUGAUAGGAUGGGUAAUAUAAAGAAAGUUGUAGGAUCUGGUGAACAAGGGAUGGCGGAUGGAACGUUCACCUGUGCAAGCUUCAACAAUCCUCAGGGGGUGGUUUACCAUUCUUCAAAUGUUAUAUUUGUAGCUGACACAGAAAACCAUGCAAUAAGAAAGGUGGACUUAAACACGGAAGAAGUAAAAACAAUUGCUGGCACCGGCAAGCAAGGAACUGACUUGGAAGGAGGUUUACAGGGCCCAAAGCAGGCCAUAUCGUCUCCAUGGGAUCUCUGCUUGAGCAAAAGUGUCGGCCAGGCAGAAGAUGCAGUUGAUAACUUGCUUUUAGUGGCCAUGGCUGGGACGCAUCAGAUCUGGGGCAUAUUUCUGACUGAUGGUGAUUGGCUGAAGGAAGGUCAAAAUUCAUCCUCAGCAACUGUGCAGCCACACUUGCCACCACCACCACCAUCAGUACCACUCACGGGAGGUGCACCACUGCCUCCCCCACCUCCAAGCGGAUCACUACCUACUCCACCUCCACCCCCACCAGGACCAAACCCAGGUCCAGCAGCAGCCCUACCACCCCCUUCCCCACCUGUCCGACCUGCUCCACCGCCCCCAACAUCUGCACCAUCUCCUCCACCACCUCCAGGCCCACCACCACCUCUGUCCCCAGUACGACCAGCUCCUCCACCACCUCUUUCUGCAGGCUCUUCAGCUCCACCUCCACCUCCACCACCAGGACCAGCUCCACCUCCACCUCCACCGGGAGCAGCUCCUCCUCCACCUCCACCGGGAACAGCUCCGCCAGUGCCUCUGCCUCCGAACAGAAGUAGUCUAGCAAAGACAUCAGUUGCAGAAACGUGCUCAUACAGCAAAGGAACAGUAUUGAGGCUUGCUGGAAGUGGUGCUGAGGAAAACCGCAACACUACAUAUCCCAGCCGAGCAGGCUUUGCACAGCCAUCGGGAAUAUGUGUAGGAGUGCACCAAGGGGAUCGUGCAUUAUACAUUGCAGAUGCGGAGAGCUCAUCUGUUCGGAUGUUCAGUUUGACCAAUGGCGCAGUAAAAGCUGUUGUCGGUGGAGCAAGAGAUCCACUUGAUUUGUUUGCAUAUGGUGAUGUUGAUGGGAAGGGCAUUGAUGCAAAGUUGCAACAUCCCCUAGGUGUAACAGCCGUUGGAGAAUUAAUUUAUGUUACUGAUUCUUAUAACCACAAAAUAAAGGUUUUGAAACCCUCUGGUAAAUCCUACAUUGCAACAACAGUUUCAAGUGGAUCAAAUGAAGAAAAGUUCAAUGAGCCAGGAGGACUCUGUGCAAGUGAAGAUGGCACAAGUUUAUACAUUGCUGACACCAAUAAUCAUGCUAUUAAAGUGCUGUCACUUAAGGACAACUUUGUGAAGCAGUUACAAGUAAGACUGACUGAUGAGGCAGACAGCUCAAGUCAAGAUGUGAUAGACCCAAAGUCUGCUCUGGAGGAAGUGGUGACGAAGGUCCCUGUAGGUCUUGAGACUCAGGUAGUCCUCAGACUAGUGUUAUCCCUUCCAGAAGGUGCUGAACUUAACAAGGAUGCUCCUAAUAAGUGGACCAUAACGACGACUGAUCAGCAUAUCACUUUACCAUCAUCUCAGGGCCAAUUACAAGAAGUGACAGAAGUACCUGUCAAUAUCACUGGAGUUUGUACUCGUGCAACAUCAUCAUGUGCAGUCAAGUUUGUAACUAUUGAUCAGAAUGAAGUUGGAAUAGAGAAGAUAAUAGAAGUUAAUCUCAGUGUUAGAGAUAAUGUACCUAAACAUCAGUGA